CCGCACUAAAAUGGCCGCUGCUGUCUGUCGGCGCGGCGGCCGCGAGACGGCAGUUGCUGGGCAUGCUCCCUGAGUGCCCCGCACUGGCAUGGCUGCCGCCUUCACGAGAGUGACUCUAAUUCUCGGCUUCCGGUCGUAGCCGGCCGGCGCUCAUUUCCCUUCUGGAAGCUUAGUGGAGCCGGGGAAAGGUGCGGGGUGAACGCUGAGCGGGAACUGCGAGCAUCCGCGCCGGCUCCCAAAGGAGAAGAUGGCUGAGGGCGAGCGGCAGCCGCCGCCAGAUUCUUCAGAGGAGACCCCUCCAGCUACUCAGAACUUUAUUAUUCCAAAAAAGGAGAUCCACACCGUUCCAGAUAUGGGCAAAUGGAAGCGGUCUCAGGCUUAUGCUGACUACAUCGGCUUUAUCCUCACCCUCAAUGAAGGUGUGAAAGGGAAGAAGCUGACCUUUGACUACAAAGUCUCUGAGGCCAUUGAGAAGCUGGUGGCUCUUCUCGAUACGCUGGAUAGGUGGAUUGAUGAAACCCCACCGGUGGACCAGCCCUCCCGGUUUGGAAACAAGGCCUACAGGACCUGGUAUGCCAAACUUGAUCAGGAAGCAGAGAACUUGGUGGCCUCAGUGGUCCCCACCCACCUGGCGGCUGCUGUACCUGAAGUGGCAGUUUACUUGAAGGAGGCUGUGGGGAACUCCACACGCAUUGACUAUGGCACAGGGCAUGAGGCUGCCUUUGCUGCUUUCCUCUGUUGUCUCUGCAAGAUCGGGGUGCUCCGGGUGGACGACCAAGUGGCUAUUGUCUUCAAGGUGUUUGAUAGGUACCUUGAGGUUAUGCGGAAGUUGCAGAAGACGUACAGGAUGGAACCUGCAGGCAGCCAGGGUGUGUGGGGUCUGGAUGACUUCCAGUUCCUGCCCUUCAUCUGGGGCAGUUCACAGCUCAUAGACCACCCCCACCUGGAGCCCAGACAUUUUGUGGAUGAGAAGGCGGUGAGUGAGAACCACAAGGACUACAUGUUCCUCCAGUGCAUCCUGUUCAUCACCGAGAUGAAGACCGGCCCCUUUGCAGAGCACUCCAACCAGCUGUGGAACAUCAGUGCUGUCCCCUCAUGGUCCAAAGUGAACCAGGGCCUCAUCCGCAUGUAUAAGGCAGAGUGCCUGGAGAAGUUCCCUGUGAUCCAACACUUCAAGUUCGGGAGCCUGCUGCCCAUCCAUCCUGUCACAUCAGGCUAGGAGAGGCUGAGCCACCAGAGCCACCCUGGCCAGUUCUCCUGUGCCCUCUGACCCGGCACCCCUCCCACCCACCUUCUGUUCAUUCUGUUUGAUGAGAGGCUGUUUACUGAGAUGGGUGCUGAACAGGGCCUGAGUUGGAGGAAUUGACCAAAGUGUGGCCAGUCUUUGACUGUUCGUCUGGUGGGCAAGCAAGAGCCCACCCCUGUCCUUCCUGCUUCCUUUCUCUCCGCCCAGUCCAAUGUGGAGACAAGGGCAUCCUGCUCUUCCCAUUGCUUUCCCUUCCCAUGACGAGACUCCUCGUUGAGAGAGGGGACACUGUGCCUUCGGGGGCUGGCUGGUCAGCUUCCCGAGCUGUGUUCCACUGGGUAUAUGCUGUGGGGCUGAAGGGUGAGGCUGUCAGCAGCUGUGGGGAGGCUUGGGACUGGGGAGAUGGUGGGUAGAGGGGCUAUGAGUGAUGAGGAUGGCUUUCUCAAGGUAGCCUUCUAGGCCCUGAGGUUACCUAUGCCCAUCCUCAUUCUGGCUUUUGUUCCCUGGGUGUCAUGACUAUUAGUAACAUCCCCCUUCCUGGGGGUAGCUUAGCUAUGGAAGCUGCUCCAGGCUCCUGGGAAAGCCUGUUGAUUGGGUGAGGCCUCUUUCCAGAACUGUCUCUGUCAGGGAGAGAAUGGUAGAGACUCAGGGAGACUAGGGCUGCUGUGUUUGUGAGAAUCUGGCCUCCUCCAGUCACUCUUUAGGCCUGAUCAGUUUUGCUACCUCCUUCCUGCUUUGAGUGAUCUUGAGCUUCACCUGAGGCCCUUGCUUGCUGCUCUGCUUGCUUGGGUAGGUCUGUGGCUGGCGUGAGAUGGCAGGGGAGGCAGCAGCCCUCUCUUUCUCCCUCUCCCCUUAUGAGAAGAGGCAAGCAGUGCCCUGGAUAGGGACUGCAGAAGGGACCUAGUCACAGUCACCAGUUUCUCCCAGCGCUGUGUCUGAACUGGUACCUGUAGGCUUCCCUGCCAUACUCACCCUCUUCUGCACUGCCCAUCCCGUGUCUGUGUCCAUAGACUCCUUGGGGAGUGGACACUGAGGAGCACAACCCAGGGGCUUGGCCAGGCUUAGUGAUGAUCUGAACAGAGCUGGGGCUCAAGUCAUCAGUGUCACAGGCAGUGUCCCAGGAAAGGCCCAGUGCCAGCCUCCCUUCCAGGGCCAGGCCAUCGCCUUCCUGGCUCCCUCCCCUAGUCCUGCGCCUCCCUUGCUGUUUGGAUUAAAGCCUCUGUUUUACACCUGU